AUGAGUCCCGCCACUCAACGAGAGCCAGCUGAUGAUAUGGCAAAGUUGCGUUUCCAGGUUGAAAGAGACAUUACGGUGGUUAUUGGGGCUGGGCGUGCCAAUCAAAGUCGACCGGUCUCAUCUGAAACGUUCUUCGGGUGGCUGCGAGUCACUCUCGACAUCCGCGGGCUCUCCUAUCCCUCCUCGAUUAUAGAGACACCUCAAGGAGACUUGCUUCUGGAUCCGCAGUUUCACGGAAGGCUUUUCCUUCAUGGGAUCCUGCUACCAAUGACUACACCAGGGGUCAAGCACUACAAGUUUGGUUACGACUUUGCUCUGGGUAAGUUCAGCCGUGAUCGACAAGGAAUGGUCGCCAAGUGUGAGGUGGCAGAUCAGGUGCGGCAAAUAUGGCAGUGUGCCCUGCACAUGCACGAGCAAACUUUACUUCCAAUUUAUGUCAAUCUCCUUCAGAACUUUCCCCAGGUGGGCGAUAUUGAACAAGCCGAUAGACUUUUGGGACCGUCUACCAAGGCCCGUAUCUGGAAAUACUUGCUUGAUGUGACAAGAAGAAAGAGAUUCUUUUAUAGCGAGACAUCAAGCGUCCAAAGUGUGCGCAUGAUACGAGAAACCACCGGGAAGAGGCCAACGAGGCUUCCAGAGGCCCUCUGGAGCCUGCUGCGCUCAGGUUCACCGAUCCGGACUGUCAAGGAGGAGCAGAUAGAGCUUUUCAAGGAUGCUGAGACUUGUGCUUCGCCCGAAUCUGCCUUUGCAAAAACAACAGACUGGGCUUUGAAGGCUUGUCUGGCACUUUUGAAGGCGACCAAACAUAUCAAAGUACUCUAUGUCAAAGGACUGACAGGGAAGCUUGAUGUGUUAUACGACGCCGGACACGGUACGUUGAAAAUUCAUCAUCGAUGGUUGGACUUCGAUGCGACGCACCAGGAAGCAUCGUGUCGGAAAUGGUUUCCUGCUGCCAUAACCGAAAAGAAUGCGCCGUUUUUCUGCGGUCACGUCGUAGAGGAGCUCUUGUAUCUGUCCAUUUCUUCGAUCUUUAAAGCAUCCUCGACGCUGCGCAUGACUGAGAUGAAAUACAUGCGUCAGAUCAGACGUCUGCUUCGAGUUUUGCCGCAUAGCAUCAAACUCAGACCCCACUCGGGAGGCCUUCUGGUCACCUGGGAAGACAAUGAGGCAGAAUCGUUUCGAAAACUUGGUGGAGGUGGGCCAGAGUACCGAGUCGUCCUCCAUGCAGAAGAGUGUUUCAUCGCCAGAUCGGAGCUUCUCCACUCGGAAGCAGACAGUACCGAGAUCCAUGGCAUCCGCGUCGUGUGGGUGCCGUCAGCAAUUUGUUGUCCAGGCGCGCCGAUGGGCCUCUUCGGUCGUAAGGUCCGGUCAAAAGGCACUUGCUCUUCGAUGUUCGGAAAGAUCUUCUCCAACCUGGGAAAUGGGAUUGAAUCGGAAGGGUAA